AGUUUAAUGAAUUAUUUAAAAAAUUUUAGAGCCUACAUUUUAUUUGGUUUCACAAAUAGAAAACGGAAUACAUACCACUUCUUACAUUCUUUAUAGUAUGUCAUUUCCAUAUUUUAUUGCGUACAGUCUGGUACUUCUUUUUUUUUACUUUUAAUUCGCUUAAAAGCUGGCAUACAGUUUAGGAAAUGGCGUCGAGAUACUCCAUGAAUCACGUUCUCUAAAUUUGUAAAAUAUUCACGGGAGUAAGUUCCAAGGGCCAUCCCUGAGAAAAGAAACGCCUCUUUUUGAUCGAAACCCAACCUUUGGGUCAGUAGGAAGUUGAGGUAGGAUGCUGCUGUAGCAAACUUGUUAGUUCAGGCUCGACGCUCGUGCAGUGUGUACGCUCCUCUGGAUAAGGCAUUGAGGAGCUGGUGCGACGGGUUCUCUCGGCCUUUGUGGCUCACCAUAUUAAAAGACUGUGGAAGACUCAUCUUCAAGUUCACGUAGUAAACGUGAGCAAAUUUCAUCUAAGGAACAUAGGAUACCGCGGACGAAGUUUAACCAGCUCCAUGCAUGCUUCUUUUGCCAUAAAAUAGCUGGCCAUUCCACCGGCGUUCCGGAUCAUUCUCCAAUUUUGGCAACGUUUGAAAUAUACCCGUCAGCGGAUUGAACAUGGCAAGCGGUGGCAGUCUCACCAUGUUACGGGAGGUAUUGGAAAAGAUGAAUGGAUGGAUUGCUGGAGCGGAGGAAAUCAAAGCUCAUAAUAAACCCUACUUCCACAGCGCUGCCUCAGAUGAACAUUUCCUGUUCGAUGAUCCCACCCUCGUAGAAAUAAAUUUUUUUCUACGUGAUAAACGUCAUCUCCUGGAAAACCCUGAAAUUAAAGCCAAAGUGGAAAAAAUCAAAUCGUUGAUGGCGCCUGUGUCCCCCGACCGCUCCUCCGGUGGCAAAGCUUCAUUCAGAUGUAAAAUUUGCAAUCCGGCUCUCAGAACAUUGACUUCAACCCAUCAGUCUUGUGAACAAAAUCUUCACGAUGAACUGUUUCCUGACAGCGAGGACUUGAGUGACACCCAAGCUUUAAUGAACAUUUAUGAACAUCAUGAAGAUCCCGCUACCCUUGCUGACAUAUGGCACAAUGAAAAUUUUACUAUGAAUACUGACACAGAUUGCUGGUUCAAUUCCGUUCGUUUGCAAGAAGAAGACGUACUCUGGUCUUCAACGAAUGAAUGCGAGUGUAAUCUGUUUACUUGCAGUUCCUGUCGAGCAAAUGGUUCCAAAAAAUUUUCAAACCUAGCACAACUUCCAACCGAACAAAACAGUUUGCCUGAUACUGCACUUCUUCAAGUUCUCGUCAAUCGCACUCUUCGAUCUAGAAGUGAAGACAGCCGGAGUAGGACUGCUUCUUGGUGUAAAGAACAACGUGCCGUUUUAUCCUCCGCCUUAUGCUCCAAAAAUAUUCCACCUCAUGCGGGUGUGGAGAGCCGUUCUGAUAAAAAGUCCUCAAAGGAAGUAGAGGAUGACACUCCAUCGCAUUCAGAGGUCUCGAGCAUCGCUGAUGUCGAUGAUAUGGAAGAAGUUCUUGGACAUCCCAUAAUUUUUACAGAUUUGACUCCACAUGAGGUCGCACUUUUGAAAAAUUUUGAGAGCAGCAUGCCGGAUGAAGCUAAUGAGCUUGGUGCUGCUUUACGACACGAACAGGCCGAAGAAAGUUUUUGCACUAAGAGAAAGAUGAAUGUGAACGACCCCGAAAAAAUAACAGCCCCAAUCAAAGAUAAGUUAGGAAUAGCAACUUCACCUGCAACAUCUGGUUACUUCACGGAUACACCUCCUUUAUCGCCCUCAUCAUCUACCUCUUCUGCGAGCCGACUGAAGUCGGAUAUAAAGGUUGAAAACGCGCUGGUGGCCGGUGCGAACGGAUAUAAUAAAAAUAUCGAACCAUUCAACCUCGGAUUGGCCGUUCAAGUUGCACUCGCGCCCCAGCUCAAAGUGGAGUUGAAAACUGAAGAGCCGACAAUUCAGCCACAAGUCAUUAAGCCUAAUUUUAUGGUGAAACUGAAGUUUGGAGACCCAACCACCAAUUGCGAAGAUAAAAUAACCACCAAUUGCGAAGUGAAAAUGCGAAAUGUAUAUGAUGAUCACAGCUACUCGACUUUAUCCAACCAAUCUUACGUUCCGAAACACGAGAUCGUCGAACUUUCUAGUACCGAGAUUCCAACAAAUCGCUCGUCCAAGAGAAAACUUUCUUUGAUGGAUCCUCAGGAGGGUAGUGAACGAGCUGCUAAGAGUCGCACACGAGUUGUCAGCAGAGUGGCCGCUCGAGAUGCUAUCACUCAAUCGUCCGGAGCUAACUACUUAGUAGGUUCCACGGCUGCCGUCGGCCGCGGCAGGAAGGCAUUGAAAACUGGAGUCAGUUCGGUGGUGAUGUCAACCGAGAAAAAGAAUUUGAGGAUAAAGAAAAUUGAAGUGUUCGACUCGAAACGCUUGCCUCUACCUACUCCUACGCCAGCUUCCCCAUCGCUCCCUAUUGGGGAAAGAACCGAGAAUGGUUGUUUAGUACAUAGACCUUCUACCCAUUUCCCUCUCCCCAACACUCUUUCUAAUUCUAUAACAACCUACCACGCGCCACCACAUAAUAGUAAUACCAUCUCCGUACCCAGUGUUACUUCACAAUUGUACCCAGGGCUUGGCUGCCUCACUGGUGCCACUAUCAAUACUGAUCCAGUUUCACCUCUUCCUCUCGCACCUCAUAACAGUAACAUACGUACAUUCAAUGACAGCGCCUUGUAUAGCAUUUCUAAACCUGCCGGUAAACCGCGGUCAGGCGCAAAUCCAUUGAAUUCGUUACCUUCCAAUUACUUCAUACGAGGAAACGAUCCUGCUAAUAAUAAUAUUGUCAAUAGUUUGUACCGAAAUGAAAAUUCUAUUUGUGGGUCGUUAACAAACGCUUCGUCAGCGAAGAAACGAGGCAGGAAACCAAAACAAGAUCCCGUCGUUCCGAACAAUAUUCCGGCUAUGGCAGUACCUGUAGCUGGCCCCUCUGUUCCUGGGUUACCUCUAACAAUUUACCCAGUGCCUGUAAGUGCAGCCGCUAAAGGAAAUGCUGAAAUUCCUGCACCCGUCAGAAGGAGAAAACAAUCCAACCUCGACCCAGUGAAACGUGAAUUACAUAAUCAAUCUGAAAGAGAACGCCGGAAACAGCUUAGAUUAGCUUUUGAUGGGGUUAGACAAAUCUUGCUCCAAAAUGAUCCUCCUAAAACGAAGCUUCCUAAAGUUAAGGUGCUCAUCUUCUCUCACCGAGCACAUGAUGAUCGUGUUGCUUACUGUAAAUCACUUCUUGCCGUAAGCAAUCGAAUUAAUAAAGCACUUGUGAUAGAAGAAAGUCUGAGUACCCGUCAGCAACGACGCUUGGCUAAACUGAGGAAAAAGCUGGCCAAGGUGAGGAGGCAACGGCGUGAAGCUCUUCGGGAACAACGUAAAAUGAAAGCCGAGAAAAACGACGGCUCUCUUGAUAUCAAGGGACGAAAGGCCCACGGUGCACCCAGACCAUCUGCCGGCAGGAAAGUUAUGCCGAGUGUUGAUGUACUGAAUGCCAGUAGAACUUACUAAAGUAUGAGAAUCACGAUUAUGAGUUGAGGAAUAAAUUUCAGGAAUAUCCUUGUGUUGGAUUAGUUUGAAACGUGUAUGAAGUAGAGUGGCUGCGAACUCCUUUCGAAUUUUUACUGGAAAUGUGGUUAAUCAGAUCAUAGGUGUGUUAUUUACACUAAUUUACAGGGCACUUAAACUUGUGCCUUAGUGUAACUUGUCUUGUGACUAGUUGUGCUAACUGAAGUGUGCAGGGAUCACCUGCUCGCAAUUGCACAUCAUUGGUUAAGGUUAUUUUAAGUUUUAGGUUGAGUUUCUCUAGUUUUGCUCAAUGUCCCGUUUUUUCCCCGAGUUAGGCCACCAAUUAUUCUGACGCAAGCGGCUUUUCGAUGAAAGUAACCCGUUUUUUUUAUUUUUUCAUUGAUGAAUCGCUUGCCAACGUCAGAAUACUUGAUUAAUUUUUAAGUUUUGCUUAUAAAUUGGUGUUGAUGAAAAUAUCGACGCAGCCGACGAAUGAGUAGAGUAGCUAUAGGUCAACGAAUUCCUCCUAUAUUGAGUGCAAAUUUGCUCAUGGCUUUUCUGCCCGACGAUUCCUGGUUGAAACUAGUAUUUGUGCGACUAAUUAACAUCAGCUUCUCUUCUUACUUCUUCACUCUCUUAUACUGUUAGUAGGUAUUGACAGUGUGGUAGGCACGUUGGACUGACACUAAAUGAUUUGUCGGCUCAUUGCGACACUUAAUUUGCAGCUCUUUUUAAUCUGUUCCUUAGUCGUUUUAGUAAAAGACUUGAGCUGUGGGUUGUUCUCUCUGUUGGCUUUCCAGUAGAGAAUUUGAAUUGUUCUCACUGCGGAUUUCUUGGAAUUCAGAAACUGUUCUAGGUUUUCUGUACUUAUGGACUGAAAUUGUCACUUCAAGUAAUUAGCACUCUGAUGGACGCUAUUUUUAUCGUUAUUUUCUUGUUUCUACGUACGUUCCUUUUGGUAUCGUUAAGUUAACUGUUAAUUUACCCUACUUGUGCAACUGGUAGAAGCUUUGGCACGUCUGCUUAGAAGCACGUCUUCAUUAGCUUACCGAAAAGCGUUUUCAUUUUGGUGCCUUUUUCGUUAAGAAAAGAGGAUGGCUCCCAUUUAUUUCUAGAAAUUCGCCAUUUAGGAAUGACGACAAAUUCUGCUGUAGAAAUUGCUAAAUAACCAACCUGUGAGAGUCUACUGUAGGUAUUGCAGUAUUUCUUUUUUCGCUGCCAGUCGAGAAAUGUUUGCCUAUUGUUGUUGGGAUUCUGUUACCUAUAUUGAGAGGCUCUAUAUAGUAGCUGGAAUUUCCGAUUUCUCUUUGCGUCUGGCACUCUCUUCUUUAAAUUAAUUAAUGUAAACAUUAAAUCACGGGAAGUACCAAGUCAACGAUGAAUUGACAUUACCUAAGCUUUUAGGAUAGUAAUUUGAGCACUUACUUGAACUUGAUCGUUCUUAAAUAGUCUUUUAUGAAUUCGUGUGUCCACAAUAAUUGGAGGUAAUUUCCUGAUUGGCUGCUUAUUGUUGCAGCAAUGAGGAAUUUUAAGUUGAUAAUUUCGUAUUUCUGGUUUCAAUUUCUGAAAAUAACUUAAUUGUAGAUUGUUUCAUUGACGCCUUAUCGAGCUGUGUUUUUAUUGAGUUUCAAUGCUUUUAAACUCAAUCCAAAUCAAUGCCCACGCGAUAGCACACGAAUGUUUGGACUGGCCGCGUCAAAAUUGACAUUGUUCUUUGUGCGUAGGUGCUUAAAAUAUAUAUGCAUUUUACUUGGUAUUGUUGACGAUACCAUUUAUGUUCCAUCGCUCAUUGUUGGUGAGUUAUAGUUUGAAUUUUUGCGGAUAACUGAAGUUGAAGGUAGAAACGCACUAAAGGUAGUUGUUUCGUCCGUUGGUUUGGGAGCUGAAAUUUUACCUGCCUUCAUCGCUAGAUUUGUAUUCCCAUAUUUAUAUAACCGCAGAAAUUGAUCAUGGAACAAUUGUCGUCCAGUGACGAAUCAUUGAAAUUUUUAGGACUGCUGGCAACGACGUCGUCGUCUCUUUUAGACAUGAUACCUGAAGAGGCGAAUUUGAUGUGACAACAAAUAAAUACAAUUAAUGUCUUAGUGUGUAAUUUCUCGAAUGGUUUUCGAAUCCUUAGUUUUAGUUAGAAUUAUUUGUAGUUUUUCAUCCGCGUAGAUUUUUUGUGUAGUUACGCGGUUUAUAGUUUUAAGCUCUAGUUGUAUGAAUAGUAAUUAGCACUAGUUGUAAAACACCUUCAGACUUUUGAUCACGUAUGUGUGUGCACAACGGGUCGCAUUCGACGCCUGUUGUUCAUGGAAAUUUACGGUAAGCCUUCCGUACGACUUGUUCUUUUACCUAUGACUUGUUGUACGAGCCUAUUUAAUAUUCAACGUCCAUUGUACCUGAUCUACCACUCUUCUCAUAGAGCGUAUGUAUAAUGACGUGGGCAUUAUGAGACCGAUUACUUUCUUCAUAUUGAUACAAUCGUUUGAUUUUAAUGUUAAAUCUUUACUUUGAUUUUGGCUCCGAGAAUGUAAUGACCUUCAGUUCUUUCAGUAAUCAAGCCACCAGAAAUUUUGUUAGUCAUCCUUUUGUAGCAUUAAAUUAUUGUAAUAACUUGAAAUUAAAUUGGACACCGAACUUAUCCAAGAACCUAACCAUUUGCACUUGAGUGUACUUUGACGUGCGAGUACCUCAAACUGGACAUGGUGAGUGACUAAAAUCGUUUUCGUGCUCAUUCGCAUUCUAUGUUCUGCAAACCUUGCCUCAUAUAACGUGUUUUUUUGCAAUUAGGUAGUUUGAAUGCUAAUGUUGUAAUUAGCUAAUCUGAAAUACCACUCAACGCGCUCUAUCUAGAUAACUUUCCUUCCCUAGUUUGAUUAGUUUACGUAUUUCAAUUAAACUGGUUUUAUUACUGAUAAGUUCAUUAAUUAAGCCAAAUUCUUGUACCUCGAAUGUCGUAGUUUCUAGGAUAAGUUCGGUUUUUCUUAACUUAAGAUGCCUUGACGACAUUGUAAAGUAGUUUUUAGCAAACUUUAUCCAGCUUUUGACUGGCCAUAGAUGCUUAUAUAGUUCGUGUGAAUACAAUAACGCUAUAGUUCAACAUAAUAAACUUGUAAGGUACACAUGUAAAUUUAGUUCGUUUUGAGUCUAGUUCUGCCUUAUAAUCGUCAGGCUAGUAUGUUUAACAUCUAAGCGUGUUUUGGCCCCAUAUUUUCUGGUACCUAGCACUUCCGAAUACCAUUUCCCCUUGCCGUCUUGUAAGUUUGAUUUUCUUCAAUUAAACUUGCAAAUUUUCAUUGAAGAAUCAUAGCUACGAUCUUGUUUGGUCAUUUUGGGGCCCUGUAGAGUAAGAGUCAUUAUGGUUCCUCCAGAAAGUUUCGAAUCAUCACUGCAGACCAUGUCAAGUAUCAGUGUACUCAAUAUCUCCAGUUACUGUGAGUGAAAUAUGCUCAUCAACUUUUCUGAUAAACGCAGAAGCAAGUUUGUGAAAAGCUUUUGUGAUGAAUUUUGCUAAAGAUAAAUAUGCCUACUAGAAAAGCGUUGUCUUACAUACGAGUUAUGUUAUGAGUACAUGGUCCUCAAAAUAUCGUUCAAUCAUGUCAAAUUCUCCUUGCAAUCCCUUUCUCCACUCGAAGCCUAGCGUGGAUGUUCCUAUGCUACUAUCAGCCAUUAUCGUGCUAUCCAUGAUCCAAUGAAUUAAUUACAUGCUCACAAAAAUGCAGGAUGUAAGCAAGUUCGCUGCGAAAGCGCUUAGCCGCUAAAGCUGACCACAGAAGACUUUUAUACCUGUCCUGUGUGCUGCUCGAAGUUUAGCAUAUUUUAUGUACGGUCAUGCUCCGACUAGUUUUUCAAAAUCUAACGCUUAUUUAGGAUUUACUGUAAAGCCGCGAAAGCCCUUGAUUGUACCUUAUCACUAACGGUGACUUGACGACUCUCGGUGAUUGACUGCCUUUCCGUAGUAGAAGGAAACGAGCCGAAAUUCACGCGUCAGUGUCUUUUUAGUCAUUGAAUCCUGUUAGUCUAGGGAUCGUUCAUGUGAAAACUCGAGUGAGGCAAGUUAAUCCAAGACAAAUAGUUGCAAAUUAUCAGCUUCCAUUUUUGUACAUUUCCCGGUAAUUGCUAGAUUGAGGCGCUGUACUCGAAGCUUUAUAAGAAGUCUGUAUUCCGAAUAGCAUUAAAGUAUAUAGUCUCGGUUGCAGUUUUUGUAUUUUCUUUUUUAAUUGGAAACAAAAGUAGAAAAGUAUUUAAAUAUGCAACUUGAGCGACAAGAUGCUCUCUUCUCUCCACGCCCGUGCAGUUUAAAGCUUUGGGCAAAGCUCCUCGAGACUCGUGUACUUAUAUCGUAGAUUUAGUGAGUGUGCAGUAGGUAAGUUGUGUCCAUAGUCAAGCAGUUAACCAUAGGUUCGGUGCUUGAGCUAGAUGUUUUGCUCACUUAUAAACUAGUUAUAUUUUUGUAUCAUUUUUACGAACCUCAUCCAUAGUUGUUCUGUCUCACUCGGUCAAGUUUUCAUGUCCUACGAUCCCAUCCCAAAGACUCCUGCUUAGGCAACCUAAACCAGAUUAAAUUUUACAACAAAAAUGUCGAGUGCUAAUUAAUUUAACAAAGAAUUCAUGGUGAAAAUCUUGCAUCUUGGAAACGAUUAAAAUUUUGUUUGUUCCGAACUUGGAUUUUCUUGCCGUGCAUUGAGGAAAUCUCUUUUUAUAGGCCAGUGUUGGAACUUUCUUUGAGUGACUAAUCUCAAUUUGUUCUUUGAAGACAAUUUAUAAUGGCCUCCACAAUUCGUAUUUAUACUUUAUUUUUGUAAUAAAAAUUAAAGGUCACUCCAUUGUUAGAUGUGAAUGCAAUUCUAAAAUUUUUUGUUUUAGCCUCGCACGGAUUUUUCAAAUUGACAAAUUAUGGCACUGGUUGAGUACCUACCAUAAAAGCUGUUGUUAACAAUGGACAAUAUGAUUCAAAGUGUUUUAAUUAUCUUAAUUUCAUGAUUUUUCGUGUGUUUCUGAAUAGUUUUUUUCUUGUCCUAAUGUGUAUAUCAGCGUACAUUAGCUCUCGAGUAGCAGAGGGAAAGGGAUUCAAUGAGAAAACGCUUUACUUGAUGAUUGUGCUGAAAUAAAAAAUGUAAUGGCUGAAAUAAAAU